AUGCUAGAGGAUCUAACUAUCAAGUUACCUCUUGUGGAUGCGAUCCAGAUGAUACCUUCUAUGCGCAGCUUAAUGAAAGGGUUGAUCUCUGGCAAGGUAACUGGAGACAGUGAACUAUUGAUUAUUUCAAAAGAGUGCACUUCGGUACUUCAGAACAAGACGAUUAAGAAAUUGGAUGAUCCAGGUAAGUUUGUUCUCUCCAUACAAAUUGGGAGAACCGUAUUCGCUUGUUAUCUAUGCGAUAUGGGUUCCAGCGUCAAUCUCAUGCCUUACUCCGUGGCAAAACGACUGGGCUUCACAGACUUCAAGCCGACAAGAAGCUCCCUAGUGUUCGCCGACAGAUCAGUCAAGUCACUGGUGGGUAUUUUGGAAGAUUUUCAUGUCCGAGUGGGUAACACGUUUGUUCCGACAUAUUUUGUGGUUCUGGAGGUUGAAGAAGAACCGAGGGAUCCACUCAUUCUAGGUCGUCCUUUCUUGUGCACAGCUGGUACGAUCAUUGAUGUUCGACAAGGGAGGAUUGAUCUUCACCUAGGAGACAUUGCGAUGAAGUUCGAAAUGAACAAAUUGCUGAAGAAACCGAUGCUAGAUGCGCAGACCUACACCGUUGAGGAUAAAGAUCAGGUGCUAUUUCCUCAAGAAGGAAUGAUUGAGGAAAUCAUGACCGACGAUCCACUCGAGCUAGCCCUGAUCCGUUAUGAGACAGAUCAUAACGUCAUGAGUGUGGACGCGGAUGGCUACGACAAGACGCUUGACUCUGCCAAAAGCAUGGAAAGGCUUGUUGCCUAUCUAAGUCUAGGGGAGAAAGACUAG